CCUACGGCUGUCCCGUACCCGACUUGAAAUAAUCACCUUAGACUCCAUCUAAGCACUUGACAUCAUUACCUCCUUACAUUUGAGCUCAAUCCAUUCCGCUGCACCUUCAAUUCAACUUCCUCGAACGCCCUCGUCUCGCACAUCUACUAUGGACUUCCUCAAGUCGAUCCUCCCCGAGGCAAAGGGCAUCCUGCCGUAUUACAUGAUCAUCCUUUCCCUCACCUCAAUCGGCAACUCUCUGCAGAGUUAUGCAACCCUACACUUCUCCCGACGAGUCUAUAACGGUCGCUUUAUCCGAAACCCCAAGCUCCCCGCGAGAACGGCCAAGUUCGAGCCCGAGGACUCGACCUCGAAGCUCAUCCCCGCCCAGAACGAUCCCAAGGCCACCGACCAGUUGACCCCCCUCGCUGGCCGCCUCUUCGGCACCUGGACCCUAAUUACCUGCAUUGUGCGCUGCUACGCGGCCUACAACCUGCACAUCGGCCCCGUCUACACGAUUGCCUACUGGACGUACAUUGUGGCUUUGGGACACUUUGCCACGGAGCUAUUCAUCUUCAAGAGCAUGACUUUUGGCGUUCCCCAGAUGUUCCCCUUCACUCUAGCGACGCUUUCGUUGAUCUGGAUGCCCCUGGUUCGCGAUCACUAUGUCGAGUUCAACUAGACGAUAAUAUCCCUUUCAAUUUGAAGGCACGGACAGCCAAUGGCCGAGGGCAAGGUUACCCAGUAUCGGUAGAUCUAGAGUAGAUCUCGCGGAUUAAUAGAGAUGGAGAAAUGGUCUU